AUGACAACUAUGAUAUUACCAGACGAUUCAUUUAUCAGCGAUGACGAAGAGGAAUAUUGUCCAUUAUGUGUUGAAGAGAUGGAUAUAUCCGAUAAGAACUUCAAACCAUGUCCAUGUGGGUACCAAAUAUGCCAGUUCUGCUACAACAAUAUCAGACUGAAUCCCGAGUUGAAUGGUAGAUGUCCUGGGUGUAGGAGAUUGUAUGAUGAUGAAAGUGUUGAAUACAAGACUAUUAGCCCAGAAGAGUACAAGAUCCAGCAGGCAAGAAAAGAGAAAAGAGAGCGUGAGAAGAAGCAGCGUGAAAAGGAAAAGAAGGAACUGGAUAUGGCCAACAAGAAGCACUUGGCCGGAUUGAGAGUUGUGCAAAAGAAUUUGGUUUACGUUACUGGAUUGAAUCCACCUUGUAACCCGGAUGAGUUGCACUCUGUAUUGAGGUCAGACAAAUAUUUUGGCCAGUAUGGUAAGAUUAACAAAAUCGUCAUCAAUAAGAAGAACCCCAAUCCUCAAAACUCAGGUAGCCACCACCACCAGAAUCCUGGAUUGGUGGUAUACGUCACUUUUGCUAGAAAGGAGGAUGCUUUGAAUUGUAUAACCGAGCUUGAUGGAUCAUUGUGUGACGGAAGAGUAUUGAGGGCGGCACAUGGUACUACCAAGUACUGUUCUUCGUAUUUGCGUGGCCAUCCAUGUCCAAAUCCAAAUUGUAUGUUUUUGCAUGAACCUGGUGAGGAAGCAGAUUCAUUCACUAGAAAGGACUUGUCAACUCAACAGGGUAUCAAGAUGGGUAUGACUUCUAGAGCACAUACUACAUCGUUUGGUGAAGAAACAUAUAUUCCUAAUCAUCAACUUAGUCAAAUGACUGAUGAAGACUUGCAACAAUAUCAGCAACAACACGGCCAUUACAAUAAUAACCACCACGCAUCCCACCAACACCCUCACAACGACUUGAAUAAGGAACAUUUACCAGCCACAGCUCAUUGGGCAAAUAUCAACGGACAAGUUUCUGGUGGCAAUUCACCAACCGUCAACAACAACGUCCCUUUAGCCAAUUCUGCUGCAUUCCCAACCUUGGGUGAAAUUGCUCGCGAGAGACAACAGCAACAACGUAAGGAGCCUAAAUCUAGAGUUUCAAGUACUAAAAUAUCAAAAGUUGCCAGUGCCACUCCAGCUGAUGAAGUUGACUUGGAUGAUAACACCGUCAUGCCAUUCAUUGAACUGAUUGUGGCAGAAAUAAAGUCGUUAGAUGAGAUCAAGAAUGUCAAGUUUAAAAAUUUUAGCGAUGACAAACCAUUGCCCUUGUUUGCAUUUGGUGGAGAUUUUGCCGAUGUUGUUAUCAAACCAGACGAUGAGAAAUUACUAGCACGCCAAGUGAUUGAAAAGUACUUGUUGAGACCGAUUAAGAACUACCAUUUGGCAUAUCCAAACCAUCCGAUUAUGCAACAACAGACAUUGUUACAACGUCAACAACAACAACAGCAGCAGCAAGGUACUCCCGUAGCACCGGUUGCUCAAUUGCAAGAAAAGACAGAUGAACAACUCUUGUUGUUACGUCAAUUACAACAACAACAACAAUUGCAACAAUUACAGCAGCAACAGCAACAGCAACAGCAACAGUUGAAUCAAUUAAAUAUGAUCAAAAGUGGUGACCGCGUCAAUACAUCGACCCCACCACCACCAGGGUUAUUCACCGGCAGAACACCAACUGCUCAAAACGAGAUUCCAUUGAAUGCUUCUGGUGCUCCACAACGUACUUCAUCACAAUUGUUAACACAAUUAAUGAGCAAGAAAUGA